UGUUACCACAUAUGGCGACCAAGGACUAUGGCAGGAAGCCACUCUAUGGAUUUUUUCAGUAUAAUCAAAAUAUGAUUGGACUGGAAUCCUUACCUGACCCCUCAGACACCUGGGAAAUUGUUGAGACCAUUGGCAAAGGCACGUAUGGUAAAGUCUAUAAAGUCACUAAUAAGAAAGAUGGGAGUUUGGCAGCCGUGAAGAUUCUAGAUCCUAUCAGUGAUGUGGAUGAGGAAAUUGAAGCAGAAUACAACAUUUUACAGUUUCUUCCUAAUCAUCCCAACGUUGUUAAAUUUUAUGGAAUGUUUUACAAAGCAGAUCAAUACGUGGGUGGACAGCUGUGGCUGGUUCUUGAGCUGUGUAACGGGGGCUCGGUCACAGACCUCGUCAAAGGCCUGCUGAAGUGUGGCCAGCGGUUGGAUGAAGCUAUAAUCUCGUACAUCUUAUACGGCGCUCUCCUGGGUCUGCAGCACUUACACAACAACCGAAUCAUUCACCGUGACGUCAAAGGGAACAACAUUCUUCUGACUACAGAAGGAGGAGUCAAACUUGUUGACUUUGGUGUUUCUGCACAGCUUACCAGCACGAGGUUGAGAAGAAACACAUCAGUGGGAACACCGUUUUGGAUGGCUCCUGAGGUCAUUGCCUGUGAACAACAGUACGAUUACUCCUAUGAUGCACGGUGUGAUGUAUGGUCUCUUGGGAUCACAGCCAUUGAACUGGGUGAUGGAGAUCCACCCUUAUUCGACAUGCAUCCCGUGAAAACGCUUUUUAAGAUUCCAAGGAAUCCCCCUCCUACUUUAUUACAGCCAGAAUUAUGGUCCAGAGGAUUCAACCACUUCAUUUCACAGUGUUUGAUUAAGGACUUUGAAAAGCGUCCCUCUGUCACCCACCUUUUAGAGCAUCCCUUCAUCAGACAAGCCCACGGUAAGGACAUGGCGCUCCAGAAACAGUUGGCCGAUCUCAUCCAAGCACAACACCAACUGGGUGCCAUUGCCAAGACGAGGCACGAGAGAAUACACACUCGAAGACCUUAUCGUAUUGAUGCAUCUGACAAGUAUUGCCCAGAUGAUGAUUUGGUAAAUCUUGAAGUCCUAGAUGAGGAUACAAUUAUUCAUCAGCUGCAGAAACGCUAUGCAGACUUACAGAUUUAUACAUACGUCGGUGAUAUCUUAAUAGCCUUAAACCCUUUCCAAAAUCUCAGCAUAUAUUCUCCCCAGUUUUCCAAGCUUUAUCAUGGUGUGAAGCGUUCUACAAACCCACCUCACAUAUUCGCUUCUGCGGACGCUGCUUACCAAGGCAUGGUUACUUCUAGCAAAGACCAGUGCAUUAUCAUCAGCGGAGAAAGCGGCGCUGGAAAGACAGAGAGUGCCCAUCUCAUUGUGCAACAUUUGACCUUCCUGGGAAAGGCUAACAAUCGUGCUUUGCGGGAGAAGAUUCUUCAAGUGAACCCUCUGGUAGAAGCUUUUGGAAACGCCUGCACUGCAAUCAAUGACAACUCCAGUCGGUUUGGGAAAUACCUGGAAAUGAUGUUUACGCCAACAGGAGCUGUAAUGGGAGCGAAAAUUUCUGAAUAUCUGCUAGAAAAAUCCAGAGUCAUAAAGCAAGCUGAAGGGGAGAAAAACUUCCAUAUAUUUUAUUACAUUUAUGCUGGCCUUUAUCAUCAGAAGAAACUGUUUGAAUAUAAACUCCCUGAAGAAAAACCUCCCAGGUAUAUUGAUAAUGACACUGGAAGGGUGAUGUGUGAUAUUAUUAGUAAAGAAUCUUACGGAACUCAGUUUGAAGCCAUUCAGCAUUGCUUUAGAAUCAUAGGGUUUACUGAUGAGGAAGUGCACUCCGUGUAUCGAAUUCUGGCUGGGAUCUUAAAUAUAGGAAAUAUUGAAUUUGCUGCCAUUUCCUCACAACACCAAACUGAUAAAAGUGAAGUGCCCAAUGCCGAAGCCUUAGAUAGUGCUGCCUCACUGUUGAGUAUCGGCUCAGAAGAACUUCAGGAAGCUCUUACCUCACAUUGCGUUGUCACACGCGGAGAGACCAUUAUCCGAACAAACACAGUGGACAAAGCAGCCGAUGUGCGAGAUGCCAUGUCAAAGGCACUUUAUGGCCGGCUCUUCAGCUGGAUUGUAAACCGUAUCAAUACCCUGCUGCAGCCAGAUAAAAAUAUAUGCAAUGCUCAGAGUGGAAUGAAUGUUGGAAUUCUGGAUAUUUUUGGAUUUGAGAACUUCACAAGAAACUCAUUUGAACAGCUGUGCAUAAACAUCGCUAAUGAGCAGAUUCAAUUUUAUUUCAAUCAGCACAUCUUUGCACUUGAGCAGAUGGAGUAUCAGAAUGAAGGAAUUGACGCUCCUGUGACUGAAUAUGAAGACAACAGGCCACUCCUAGAUAUGUUCCUCCAGAAACCUAUGGGUCUCCUUUCUCUUCUUGAUGAAGAAAGUCGAUUUCCCCAAGCAACAGAUCUUACUUUAGUUGAUAAAUUUGAAGAUAACUUACGCUGCAAGUAUUUCUGGAGGCCCAAAGGAGUGGAGCUGUGUUUUGGCAUUCAGCACUAUGCUGGAAAGGUGCAAUAUGAUGCAUAUGGUUUCUUGGAGAAGAACAGAGACACUCUUCCUGCUGACAUUGUGGUGGUGCUGAGGACUUCAGAAAACAGGCUUUUGCAGCAGCUCUUCUCGAGCCCUUUAACCAAAACAGGUAACUUGGCACAGACAAGAGCCAGAGUGACAGCAGCAUCCAGGUCUUUACCCCCACAGCUCAGCGCUGGUCGCAUCAAGGUUGACACUAUGGAAAUUAUGAGACACCCUGAGGAAACAACCAACAUGAAGAGGCAAACUGUGGCUUCCUAUUUUAGGUAUUCUCUGAUGGAUCUGUUAUCCAAAAUGGUGGUUGGGCAGCCUCAUUUUGUUCGAUGCAUCAAGCCCAACGAUGACCGUGAAGCACUGAAGUUUUCCAAGGCAAGAGUUUUAGUGCAACUGCGCUACACUGGUAUUCUAGAGACCAUCAACAUACGUCGGCAAGGGUAUUCUCAUCGCAUUCUCUUUGAGGAGUUUGUGAAAAGGUAUUAUUACAUUGCUUUCAAGGCACAUGAGACUCCUGUUGCCAGCAAAGAGAGCUGCAUUGCUAUUCUGCAAAAAGUCAAGUUAGACAAGUGGGUACUUGGGAAAACAAAGGUUUUCUUGAAGUAUUAUCAUGUCGAACAACUGAACUUGUGUCUGCGUGAAGUUAUAGGCAGGGUGGUGGUCAUGCAGGCUUACACCAAAGGAUGGCUUGGAGCAAGAAGGUACAAGAAAGUCAGAGAGAAAAGAGCCAACAGCGCCGUUGCCAUCCAGUCAGCCUGGAGAGGAUAUGAUGCACGCAGGAAGUUCAAGGAUAUAAAGAACAGAAGAGUGGGUGCUGCUAUUCAUAUUCAAGCAGCUUUCAGGGGAUAUUUGGCUCGCCGAUAUUAUGCAAGGAUGAAAAACAACGUUGGCCACACAACAGAUACAGAGUUAAUGAACUUUGCCUCCAAUCUGAGUUGUGAUGAAAACUGGAAGCAAAGUUGCAGCCCAUCUUCUCCCGCAGAGAUGGAUAUUCUCAACAAACACCCAAGCAAGAAGGAUGCAGAUGGUACUUCAGCAUCUCUGGCUGUUUUAUGGGAUUCGGUCCAAACGAAGGAUUUGCAGCCCCUCAGCCAGGUCCAUGUCGUUGAAGACCACCAGCUCUCUUGUUCAUUGAGACUGCAGAAAAUUCAAAGUUCAGAGAAUGGUCUCAAACAGAAGCCGAAGGCCCCCCGCCGAUGGUGCCAGCAGCCCAAAAUGCUGAAUAGCCCCGAGGACAACUUGUAUUAUAACCAGUUAAACGGAUCUCUAGAAUAUCAAGGGAGCAAGAGGAAGCCAAGAAAACUUGGGCAAAUAAAAGUACUUGAUUGGGAGGAUGAGUACUACAAAUCAUUUUCAGCUGCUGAUUCCCUCUCAGAAGAAGACAACACAUUCCAAGCUCUUCCUUCCUCCAGAGGGGUGUCCUUUCAGAGUUGAGCUUUUAACCCUU